AUGACUCAUGUCAUGGAAAUGCUGGCAAAGCUUGCGAAGCUGAUUCAGGUCGCAGACUCCGUUGGAAAAGUUUAGCGUCUUCGCUUCAUGCCAGUUUGGCAGUUCCCAACGAUGCUAUACCAGAUCAAUCGCAUGUGCUCUUCAGGCUGUAAACCUCGCAGGAGACGGACACUCUUGGGAUUGGGCCACAGAGUCCUGAGUCGUAGCGCUAUGUUGAAGAGUUUUAAAGCUCGCCGUGUUGUCCAGCGCUGCUCUGACCUUUGUAUCGUGCUUUGCUGCUUUGCUCUGAUCUCGGUGUUGUUCACCCAUCUCAAGACCAGCAGAUCUCUUGGUGAAGGAAUGAUCGUAACUGCGUCGGCCGCCAGCAUACAUGGCAGCCAGAAUGAGAUCCUUGGGUAUUGGAGAUUCGGCCCUCAAUUUUAG